UAAGCACGGAUUUCCCCUCGAACGCGCUCGCAGCGCGGCGAUCUCCCGUUUUGUAGCUCCUGCGAUCGGAUAUCGCAGGACGCUAAAAACGAAAACUCCGUUCCUUCUUUAAGAAAAAAUGAAAUCAGCACAUAUUUGGUUGAUGGUUUCCUCCCGGCCUGUUUAUUUAAUCUGACUGUAUGAUAGAUGGCAUCAGAUAGGGGCUCUGUACACAUCAGGCCACUCGGGAGUGUUUUUCUUUUUUUCUUUUUUUUUUUUUUUUAAUGGAUCAACAAACUGAGCGGGGAAAGCUGGAUAAAUACAGUGCCGCCCCUUUAAAUGAGCGGAGAUGUUUUUGCGAUGUAUUACUAUAUUAGGUGACAUGGAACUUUGCAUCUCUCAUACCAUCACGGCAAUGUUGGCCAAUAGAAAGCUAAAGUCACCCAAAAACUGCCUAGUCCCUCCUUCCCGUCCCUUAUGGUCCGCUCCUACCUGCGCGCAGCACACAGGGCCGCCUCCCGCGGGAUGCUAUGUGCCCCCCCCCGGCAGCCCACGCUGCAGCAGCGCUCCGGGCCGCCCGCUCCUCUCUUCCCCUUCCAUGACCCCGGGCUGCGGCCGCUGCCCCGGUCUCCUCCGCAAUGUUUCCUAGCCCUGUGACGACGACUCCCUUCUCGGUCAAGGAUAUUUUGAACCUGGAGCAGCAGCAGCAGGGUGGCCUGGCGCCUAUGGAGCUCUCUUCGCCCUCCUGCAUGCUGGCCACCUUCAAACAGGAGGCGUUCGGUUCCGAGCCGCCCGCCCUGCCCGAGCUCCCCGAGCCGCACCCGGCCAAACCGCCCGCCGCCUUUCCCGGCCCCUACUACGUGAAAAGCUACGGAGAGAUGGACGCGGCCAAGGAUUCCAAGGCGGACAAGAAAGAACUGUGUUCCCUACACAAGAGCCUGGAGCAGGAGAAGAGAGAGCUGGAGGAUCCCGAGCGGCCCAGACAGAGGAAGAGGAGGAAACCCCGCGUCCUCUUUUCUCAAGCCCAAGUCUAUGAACUGGAGAGAAGGUUCAAGCAGCAGAAAUACCUCUCGGCUCCCGAGAGAGACCAUCUAGCGAACGUCCUAAAGCUCACCUCUACUCAGCUACAACGCCUACCCCGCGUACCCCAACUACAACAGCCCCGCCUGCAAUGCCAACUACAACUGCAGCUACCCGGCCGUGCAGCCCGUGCAGCCCUCGGCGGCAGGCAACAACUUCAUGAACUUCAGCGUGGGGGACUUGAAUUCGGUGCAGCCGCCCAUCCCGCAGGGGAACGCGGGCAUCUCCACGUUGCACGGGAUCCGAGCGUGGUAGGGCGGCCCGGGCCCGGAGCUGCGCGGGGGGGUCGGGAUAUCGCCGGGCUGCGGGGCGAGGGCAGCUCGGUGCGGGACAGCGGGGAGCUCCCCGAGGCUCUGGGACACGGUGUUCGUUCCGCUCAUUCCCCUCUCCCCAUCUUCCUACAGAACGGUCGGUCAUUUCGCUUGACUUGUUCCUUAACAACGGAAAGCCAAGCCCUACAACUCAUUAUUAUUAUUUCCUUUUUUUCUUUCUUUCAUUUUUUUUUUUUAAACUCUUAUUCUAAUUAUUAUUGAGAACCACAUUUAAUUUUGCACUUCCCGCCCGGUUCCCCCCCCCCUCUCCCAUCCAGCCCGGUCCGCCCGCCUCUCCCCGCGGUCGCUGUCCCAGCGCAGGACGGGGACGGCCCCUCCGAGCUCCGGGCGCUCCGACUCGCCCCGUCCGCUCCCCGUAGGGUUAUGCACUAAAACGUGAGUUAGGAUUCAGAUGCACUGCCCGCUCCUCGCCCCGCUGCCCGUUCGGACGUGUUUCCCUUUGCUGUACGAGCUGACGGAGAUCAGCGAGUUGUCAUUAAAGAGAGUGGCUUCA